AAUGUGUUGAUCAUGAGGAGAUCUUCUAUCACACGGUGUUUGCAUGACGGUGCUUCUGAAAGUUCUGUUGCUUCUGGUUCUCCACAACCAUAUAUGAUGCGUUGAAUCAUACGGUAAAGGAACAUUUCCCCUCAACAACAGUUAUAUUGCCGUGAUACCCUUGGUGCUAUGCGGAACUCUUUUCUUUCCCGACCGGAAUAUUACUGUCACAAAGGCUGGGACGUCUUCUGGAACUAUGUAUAUUGUGCUUCUCGGUUAAUACCGUACAGCUGUCCUAGUAUCGUGCACCGUACCUUUCCUGAUAACGUCAAUACUGGGCGAUUAUGUUGUUCAUCUGGUGUUCCUGGCUUCCAUUCUUCAUGCUGGGGGUGUCGCUGUCAACAAACCAUUUCUAUCCCUACCGGCAGAUCCCUUACUUCCAUCGGUCUUCUCUUGCCCGGUGCCAAACACGUCCGAUCAUGUCAUACCUGCUAUAGUGAACAAAUUGACGCGGGUGCCAGUCAUAGUAAAUGCAGCUCCUCAAGUACCAGCAUUCUUAGCUUGCGCUAGCAGCAGGAGCACCAUCCUCCGAAUACCUCCCAGCCUCCAGGUACCCGCAGCCAGUCAAACUCGCAUUGCUUUUCGUC